AUGACAAAUAAUGUACUAGAGGGAAAAAAGAAGAAGGGAGGAUUUUGCAAACGACUUUGCAACGGUUUUUUUCAUGCCCUUAAGGGACCAAGCAUAACACAUAGUGUUCUGUUUGGAAUAUUUGGAGGUUUGUUUUAUUACGGUUCAUACUACUGCUAUAGAUAUUUGAAAAUCUCAUAUUUUGAUACUAUGCAUGUAUCGAACGAAAGUAGAAGAAGAUUUAUGGAAAAGCAAAUGCUGUUUUACAAUGAUAUGGGGUAUAAUUUGUCAAUGAAGUAUAUUGGAAAUUUAUGUAAAUACUAUGACCCUGUUGCGCUAAGACUACCCUUUCAACCGCUCGAUGAUAAGUAUAGACUUUAG